AACUCAAGCCUGCACUGAAGCCCUUCCGGAAGAGGAACACAAGGGAAGAAUCAUGAAAGAGAAGAUUGAAAAACUUACAAGAGAAAUCUCAUCCCUUUCAGACACAAUUACAGUGAUAGAAAGGGAGAUGGAAGCUGAAGACAUCUUACGCCUGCAGACCUACAAAAGCACAAAGAGCAGAGCCGAGAGCACCCUGCAGGAUCCACAGUGUGUUUUAGGAGCGCUGAUAGAUGCAGCCGAGCACCUGGGCUCUCUGAAGUACAAAGUGUGGGAGAAGAUGCUGGGGAUUGUUCAAUACAGUGAGUACUGUGGGGAGCAUCACAGAGGAGGGGAGGAGGGGGCAUACAUAGAAGCACAAUUGACAAUGUGUGUAUGAGCAAGAUACAGUUAUCUACAGUUAAUAAUAAUGCACAAUGAAAUGUACCUGUAGCAGUACAGUUAUAUCCA